AUGCCCGCGCUCGACCCCGGCGACCUCGUGCUGCUGACGGACGCCUCCGGCGUCACUGGCGCACACAUUGUCUCUGCCCUCGCCUCGUACGGCUUCCGCGUGCGUGUUGCCAGCGCGUCUCCUGACAUUCCCGACCUGCCUUCCAGCGUGGAAGUCGCCCCCGUCGGCGACUGGACGGUUGCGGGCGCGUAUCGCGCGGCCACGACCGACGUGGACGGCAUCGUCCUGCCGCUCGGCGCCACGGCCUUCGCCGAGAGCCAGGUACGCGCGCUCCUCUCGACGCUGCCUGCGCGACUGAAGCGUAUCGUGGCAAUUUCGUCGACAGGCGCCAUCUCCACCGCGGCGGGCACACACUCGUCCGACGAGUGGAACACGGCGGCGCUUGAGGUGCACGAGUGGAACGAGGCGCUCAAGGGGGUAGACACGCAGAUCGCGCAGCUCGCGGCGGUGACGCGCGCCGAGCACGUGUUCUGGGACCACUUUCGUGAACGGCGCCGGUACGAUCCCGUCUCGUUGGCGACAGGCGAGCCGCUCGGCCCCGGGCUGCCCGGCGAGCUCGAGCGGUGGAUGCGCCCCUGUCCGGAGGAUAUCGAGACGCCUUACGGUAACGUGCUGGAUGUCCGUGACCUCGCGGCGUAUGUUGUGCGGGCGCUUGCAAUCGAAGAGGCGGGCGGGGAGCGUGUGGUGCUCUCCGCCGGGCCGCUGUUUGGCAACGACAUGGCUCUAGCCGUUCACCGCUUUCUCAAGCAUCCAUCGCUGCAGCGCGGCAACCCCGACCCGGACUACCGCGCGGCGCUGGCUGAGCGUGCAUGCGCUUUCGAGUGUCGCAACGUGCUCCGCCGCGAUAUGCGCUCGCUGGACGUGACCCUCGCGGACGCGCAGCGCGCGAUGACAGUGGGGUGGUAAGGGGGUGGGGCGGGGAGGAGGGGAGGAGGGGAGGAGAGUGGUGUUCCUAGUGAGCGGAUAUGAGCGAUGAGCGAUGAGCGAUGGAGAAGUGCAGGUUGGCUCGGAGAGACUCCCCCAGACGUUGCGACGCGCCUGUUCUUGUCUUG